GCCUUUAGAAAGACAAGAAGUGGGAAGACAAGUUGACGCCCCCAAUUACGAUCUUCGCCUCCGGGUAUUCCGCUCCAGCAACAGCGGCCCCUCCUCCCGCACCUACCCCGCUCACCGCCGUCGUCUCCCCGCCAGUCACCCCGGCUGAGACCGGCCCGAGAAGCCAACGGGAAACAACAGCUCAGCGCGACGAUUUCGCGUUUUGUGUUUGGGGGGUGGGGGUGGGGGGGAGCAAAGCAAAAAAAAAAAAAAAAAAAAAACUCGCUGUAGGAGAAGACAUGAGACUGAGUUAGCUGGGGAUAUUCCAUCUCGUUUGAGCGGCUUUUCCAAGUGCUUCUGUCCCGGCUCAGACUGGGUCAGCGCGGGCACGAUGGGCUUCUGCAGCGGCCGGUGCACGCUCAUUUUGAUUUGCACUUUACAGUUGGUGUUGGCUCUAGAACGACAGGUCUUUGACUUCCUGGGUUACCAGUGGGCCCCGAUCUUAGCCAACUUCUUCCACAUCAUCAUCGUCAUUCUCGGCCUGUUCGGCACCAUCCAGUACCGGCCGCGCUACAUUGUCGUGUACACAGUUUGGGCGGCUCUGUGGGUGGCCUGGAAUGUCUUCAUCCUCUGCUUUUACCUGGAUGUAGGCGGCCUGUCCAAGGACAGUGACCUGCUGACAUUUAACAUCUCAGCCCAUCACUCAUGGUGGAGUGAACACGGGCCAGGCUGUGUGAGGAGAGAGAUGCCACAAGCUGAAGGGGCCCACACCACUGAAAGCCAUUUCUACAUAACGGUCAUGGGCUGCUUCAUGGACUACCAGUACAUCGAGGUCAUGCACAGUGGAACACAAAUCCUGGCUGCUCUCCUGGGCUUUGUGUACGCCUGUUAUGUUGUCAGCGCCAUCACAGACGAGGAGGACAGCUUUGAUUUUAUUGGUGGAUUUGAGCCAUUCCCACUCUACCAUGUCAAUGAGAAACCAUCUCAUCUCCUCCUAAAGCCAGUGUCCCUGUCUACGUAAAUAGAAGAUCAUCUUGGAGGGAAGUUGAUGCUGACGUUGUUUGCCACGGUUUGACCCAACUUUUAGUCCCACAAUUUGGGGAAGUGCUUGACUUUCCUCCCCCCCGCUCACUUUACUUUUUUAAGUACUUAAAACAUGGCACUCACUGAUGGGCUGCAUGGAAAAUACAACUCAGUUUAAUUGUCUUCCUCUUUAUUAGUUUUAAGUGUCUGUUUUCAAGCAACUUUUGGUAAAUGUUUUUGUAUUGUAUUCUGUGCAGAUGUGCUGUGACAUUCUCAUCAGCACAACUGUAGAGAACAGCAUAAAAAUACCUUUUGUUUGUAAUCGGCAGCAGUCCAGCGUUCCCACUCUGUGGCACUGUAAUCAUUUUUGCAUGUCAUCGCUAUUUUGGCUCGGAUUCUGGCUGGACGGCUAAAUUACAGUGGAAUGAAACAUUCCUGUUUACUUUGGGCCGGGGUCUUUUGUACAUACAUGCACAGGCAGAGCCGGAAAAAGGAACACGCCUCAAAAAUACACAAUGGAAAUAAUGCAGUGAUGGCAGGAAAAUUAAUUAAGUUUGAUGUGAAAUAUCAAGAAUGCAAAACUUAAAGCAUGCAGGUUUCAAAAGUUUUAUUUGUGGAGUCUUAUUGUUUAUGAUUAUUUCCACCCACAACCAAGUCGCCGUCACUGAAGUGUCAGGUGUUUGUGUUUGGAAAAAGCGCUGGAAGCUGUACGUGGGAUUGUGAUACACACUUAGCCUAUUGUGAACGAAACUUCAACAAACCUUAGAAAUAGAAAUAGCAGCGCGAGAGAGAAAUGCAUGGCUGUAGCUGAGCCUGGCCUUCUGCCAUGGAUGUUCAGCCCCUGUUCUAGUUGUAAUGUUUUUACAAAGGAGUUUCAUACUUGAAAAGAAAGCACUUUUGUGCUACAAGUCACUUAGUAGGAGACAAAUCCACUGUUGCCUUACUGCCCUCUGGUGUUUACUUUGUCCAUGUGCAGGAGCAGAAGGGGUGAUAUAAAAAAAAACGUUUCUUUCCCCAAGUACAGUAUUGUAUUGUUGUUUUUAGAGGACGUUAAAAGUCAUUUUAAAGACAGAAAAUAAGGAGAGGAAAUGUUGCUUUACUCAGUAGUUUAUUUUAAGUCCACUUGUUUUCAACACACUUUUUAUCAUUCAAGGUUUUGUUUUCUUAACCUCAGAAUCAGAAAUGUUUUGGCGCUUCACAAAUUUAUCGAGUGACGCUUGAGGAUCAAAAGAGUUGCAAACAAAGAGCUUUCCUUGUUUUUGCUCUAUUCACAGACCAUUUUGUCUAUUCUUGGCAGUUGGUUGUCAGAUUCCUGUAAUAUUCUCACUGCCGGGUGGUCGCAAAAUAUCAUCUCAGCCAAGUGCUUAUUUUUGACCAUAUAAUGAACUGCCUUGUGCGUGAUUGGUCAAACAUCCUUUGCCCGAAUGCAAAUACUGUGUCUUUAUUUUUGUGAAUUUACACACUCUAGUCCAGUUUUUCCUGACUUUGAUUGCGCUAAGGCAUUAGAAUGCCACAAAAUGUAUGUAUACUGAAAUAAUGAUGAUAUCUUAAUUUACUCAAAAAUGGAUUAGUGUGAAAUCUGGGCCUGUUUAAUGUAUGAAUGGCAACAGGUGGAUACAGUUUUUUUUUUUGUACCUUCUUCUAUUUAAUUAUUCUGCUUGACAUGUUACAUCGCUGGUAUCGAUAGAUGAACAAAGAUAUAUUUGUAAUUAAUCAUUUUCAAACAAAUUAGGUGAAAUGUGGCAAUUUCUCACGGCACCGCUGAGGAUCUCUCAUAGCACCCUGGUUGGGAAUCACUGCUCUCGUCUAGUGUGUGCGUGCAUCUCAUAUUGUGUCAUAAUCUGUAUUAGAAUGAAAUGUUACUCAAUCUUGCAUCUUGGUUGCAAUGUAGCUUCUUAAAACUGUUCUGUGUGCUAGUUUCCACUAAAAAAGAUGGCACAUCUUUGUUGCCACUUUUGUAUUUGUACAGAGAGUGUUUUUCGUUUUCUCUUUCAGUGUUGCCUGAACCCAAGGUGAUCAGACAGUGUGUCUCUUUUCCAUAGCUGUUCUUUGUGUUCAUGCAAAUAAGUGUUUAUCAAUAAAAUAAAUUGUUCUCUUUCAGUC